AUGGACUGUGUCGAUAAUGAAGAUUUGCGUAUUAUUUUAAAAGCCCCUCCCGUCUUCACCGCGACCGCCCAGUCCAUCGUCGACGACGCUAAACGGCUCAUCGAGACCUCCCGCAAAGCUCAGGACGCUGUCGUGUCGAAUGUGAAGUCCGACUCGGCCACUUUCGACUCUGUCCUCAAGACCCUUGCCCACGAUGAGAAUUUGAUGGCUUUGGAAUCGCACAUCCUCAGCUUCUACCAGGCCGUCUCGACGGAACAGGCGCUGCGUGAUGCGUCGUCGAAGGCGGAGGAGAUGAUGGACAAUUUCUUCAUCGAGAGCGCGAUGCGUGAGGAUAUUUUCAAGCUCGUGGAUGCUGUGCUGAAUAAGAAUGAGACCCUUCACCCUGAGUCCCGUCGUCUGCUUGAAAAGGAGCACAAGGAUUUCAUCCGCAACGGACUGGGCCUUCCAGCCGGGCCUAAGCGUGACCGCUUCAAGGAGAUCAAGAUGCGUCUCAGUCAUAUCAGCAUCGAAUUCCAGAAGAACCUGAAUGAGGAGAAUGAGGGUAUCUGGUUCACUCGUGAGGAGCUGAAUGGCGUGCCAGAGGAUGUGUUGUCCGGCUUGAAGAAAGGCGAGGGCGCGAACGAGGUACCCCGACCUCUUCCCCACGAUGAAAUACGCCAAAAAAACCCCGAGACUCGCAAGAAGGUGAUGAUCCAGAAUGAGAACAAAUGCAACCAGAACGUUCCCCUCUUCCGAGAGUCGAUUGUCCUGCGGGAUGAGGCUGCUCGUCUGCUGGGUUACCCGAAUCACGCAGCGUUCCGCAUUGAGGACAAAAUGGCUAAGACUCCUGAAACGGUUAACUCUUUCCUGGGAGAUCUACGGACACGUCUGACGGUCGGCGGUCAGAAGGAGAUUCAGAACUUGCUGCAGUUGAAGAAGACGGACCUUGAGGCGCGCAGCGAGUCGUUCGAUGGCCGCUAUUACCUGUGGGACCAUCGGUUCUAUGACCGGCUUAUGUUGGAGAAGGACUUCUCGCUGGACCAGCAGCAGAUUGCCGAGUACUUCCCCCUUCAGACGACGAUCGAGGAGGAUCGUGAGAAAAUCGCGCCAUCCGGAAAGGGCAGUGACAUUGUGUGGCACGAAGAAGUGCAGAUUUUUAGCGUCUGGGAUGAUGAGGGCGAGGGCAGCGGGUUUGUUGGCUAUCUGUACCUCGAUCUGUUCCCACGCAGUGGCAAGUAUGGACACGCAGCGAACUUUAACCUGCAGCCGGGCUUCAUCGACGCCGAGGGCAAUCGCCAUUACCCCGCCACGGCGCUGGUGUGCAAUUUUACCAAGCCGACACCGAAGAAGCCGAGUCUACUCAAGCACGACGAGGUGGUGACGCUGUUCCACGAGCUGGGCCACGGCAUCCACGAUCUUGUGUCCAAGACCAUCUACUCGCGGUUCCACGGCACGAACACGGUCCGCGACUUCGUCGAGGCACCCAGUCAGAUGCUGGAGAACUGGUGCUGGACACCGUCCCAGCUCAAGUCCCUCAGCAAGCACUACUCGAGCCUGUCGCCUGAGUACCUGGCUGCUUGGCAGGAACAGGCCGGCAGCGCUGCACAGCCGGCCGAGCAGAUCCCCGACGACGUGAUUGAGAAUCUGAUCCGGACGAAGCACGUCAACGGCGCCCUGUUUAAUCUGCGGCAGUUGCAUUUCGGCAUCUUUGACAUGACGGUGCACGAGCCAGCGAGCCAUGAGGAUAUAGAGAAGCUGCCGAUCUCGGCGACGUACAACCAGCUGCGCAAGCAGAUUACCCAGAUGGACGGACCAGAGAUCCUGGAACAGGGAGACGAAUGGGGCCACGGCGAGGGGACGUUUGGACACUUGAUCGGGGGGUACGAUGCAGGAUACUAUGGAUAUCUUAGUUCGCAAGUCUACUCGACCGAUAUGUUCUACACGGUGUUCAAAUCGAACCCAAUGGAUCCGAAGGCCGGCCGACGGUACCGGUAUCAGGUGUUGGAGAAGGGCGGUAGUCAGGAUGAGAUGAAGACGUUGACGGAGUUCUUGGGCAGAGAGCCUAAGACGGAUGCAUUCUAUAAGGAUUUGGGAUUGGCUUAG